AUGGCUGAUAGUAACAUCACGAUGUCAUCUAGUGAUGUAUAUGUGGAUGGACCUCCAACUGUUUUAAACGCGAAUACAUCGGUACCCAUGGAGUCUGACCCAUUAUCGAUAUCAAUACCUUCGAAUUCCGUUACAAUACAUACGUCUCAAAAUGUUACUGACGUGGAGCCUGUGACAGCUAAUGCAGCUUCAUCUAACAACACUACUUCAAUGCCAGUAUCAAGCUUAUCUUCUCAACAAAAUACAACUACUACACCUGUACCAAUCACACCUUACUAUUCACAGUCAUAUUCAAGCAUCUCUAAAAACAGUUCGAUAUCUACAAGUUCAUUACCCUCGAUAACAUCUGCAAUAUCAAUCACACCGGCAAGCUCCAAAAACUCGACCUCGUCGUCAACUUCAAUUACUUCAAGCUUGUUUUCAAGCAGCUAUUUAACAUCUGUCACGUCUUCCUACAAUACCACAAGCAACAUCAUACCUUUCUCAACCUCUAAAUCCACAGAAACUUAUAUCUCUUCACAGAGCACCUCUUUUUCAAUCUCGUCUGAGUCCAGCGUUCAAAUUUCCUCAAGUUCAAGUUCAAGUUCAAGUCCAAGUUCAAGCUCAAGUCCUAAUUCAAGUUCAGCACUAAGUUCAAGCUCAAGUUCAAGUUCAAACACAGAAUCAAGUUCAAGUUCUACUCCAAUAAUCUCAAGCACAAUAAGCAAAAACUAUAUAAUAUACAUCUAUGACCAAAAGUUUGAGUUCACUGACGCGUCUACAACGUUUGAUACCGACAUUCCGGUAGAAACAAGGAUUAAGGUAACCCCAAACAAGAUGGUUUCUUUUACUCCACCUACUGGAAUCUUGACUACUGAUGCAGCUCUAUACCAGAAAUAUUUGGCUGGGACCCUUGACUGGAAUUCACAUGAUACAGAUGCUAGAAUAAGAAACAGUAAAAUAAUAGGUGGGGUUGUGGGUAGCGUCUGUGGGCUAUUGGUGUGCUCUGUGGUUAUAUUUCUUCUUUUCUUCAGAAGAAAGAGAAAUACCCACAAUUAUAUGCCAGACGAUGAUCUAACUAGCAUAAAAGAUGAAAAGGGAAGCUAUUAUGGGUUCUCCACAGAAAACACUCCAUAUAAGCCCGCGAUCUCAACGAGAGAUUUAACAGCUUCCAACCAAAGACUAAAGAAACUUUUCAGUAAGAAAGAGAACAGUACACCAACUAAGAAUUGGAAGAAAGCAACUACUGAAUAUAUGUCAACACCAAGCACAAAUCCUUUCCAGGAUGAGUUUGACUUUGACAAACGCUUGCCCUCUCCUCCAAAUCUGGAUAACAAGGAUAUGACACCCUCUGAUAAAAUCAUUAACCCUAGAAAUGGUGAAAACGAUGUUUCUAUACCUCAUUUACUUCUACCUGAUAAUGAGUCCAUCUCAUUAAUAUCUGAACCAGAAAUCGAACAAUCAACUAACACAGAUACAAAUGAACAAUUCUCAUAUGUUUCUUCAAUGAAUAGCUACGGUCCUGGUAGCUCAUUUGUUCCCUCAUCUGUGGGUGACUAUUCAACACUGUCACCAACCUCAAUCCACAUUGAUGAGGAUGGAUCCAUUUUAUGA